CUUUUGAUGACGAUCAAGAGUUUCAAGAAGAGAUUGAUCUUAUAGAUGAACCUGAAAUACUUGAUGUUGAAUCUGAAGCAAAACUUAACCAAAUUAAAAUUAAUAUUCCACAAGUUUGUGAUAGAAUGGUUGAAAAUAUAAAAAUUGCAUUAUUUAAUGCUUUAAAUUAUUACUGGGAAUAUCUUAUCUGUGAAGCUCUUCUUGCAACACUUCUUGAUCCUAGAACCAAAAAAAUGGAACUAGCAACUUAUUCUCAACGACUUGAGGCUGAAGCGUAUUUGAUAACUGAAUAUGAAGCAUUUAAAGAACAAGAACCAAUACCAAUGGAUACAAUACAAAUAGAUGAUGAUCCUGAUGAGGAAGAAAAUGUGUUAUUAGCUGCAAUGUAUGAAUCUAUUCAAGAAUCCGAUACUAAUACUGAAAUUCAAGUCUAUCUUGCAUUACCAAGAAUUCCAAAUACUCAAU